AUGUAAGAUCAAUUAAAACAGUAAUAGGAAUAUAAUUAAGAAAUCAAAUAAUCAAUUAGCCAAUGCGAAUAAUUGAAUCCACAAUUUGAAGACUAAUUAAAAGUCAAGGACUAGUAAUUAUUAUAAUAACAACACUAAGCAUAAACCAAAAUAUAAUAACAAUUUCUUCAAUCUUCUCCUGAAUUAAUUUAAAACUCAUUUACUUAUUAAUUCAUCGAGGAGAGUUCAAUUAGAAAAUAGGAUAAUUGUUAAGCAAUAGCUAUCAAUUCAGAUUGUUCUAUUGUAAUAGUUGGAUGUUAUGAGAAAAUUAAUGUAUUUCAAUUGAAAUAAGAUGUAUUAAAAGAAAUACAAGUUUUAAAUGAACAUUAGAGUAUUGUUAAUACUUUAUAGUUUAUGAAGAAAUCUAAAUAAUUUAUGUCUGGAAGUUAUGAUAAAUAAAUUAUAAUAUGGUCUUUGAAUGAAAACAAUAAAUGGGUUUGCUAAUAGAAAUUAAAUGGACAUAAUGGUUGGAUACUUUGUUUAUUAUUGAAUAUUAAUGAAGAUCUAAUAAUAACAGGUAGUGAAGAUAAUACUAUUAAAUUCUGGAUGAAAUAAAAUCACUACUGGUUAUGUUCAUAAACUGUUACAGACCAUAAUAACUAUGUCGUAGGAUUAAGUUUAAAUUAAAAAUAGAAUUAAUUAAUAUCAUGUGCAUGUGAUGAAUAAAUAUUAAUAAUCGAAUAAUCUUAAUAGGAUUGUAAAUGGAGUGUAGUCUAAAAGAUUAAGGUUGAAACAACUGGUUGUAGAAUAUGUUUUAUUAAUGAAAAUUCAUUCAUUUUUCAACUCUAUUGUGUAGAAUAUCUACAUUUUUAUGAAUUUAAUGAUAUUAAUAAAUAGUAUACAAAAACAAAAGAUAUUGCUAUGAAGAGUGGAGGUGAUUAUUAGUUUUUUCCAAUAAAGUUUAUCGAACCAUAAUGUCUUAUUGUAAUUAAAACGAGUAAUUAUGUGAAUUUUAUAAGGAAAAUUGGAAAUUAUGAAUUUAAAAUAGAAUAAUCAAUUUAAUUUGGAAAUUUUGAUUUAUUUGGUUGUGUGAGUGAUGAUGGGUAGUUUUUAAUUACAUGGGAUGAAGAAUCAAAAGAAAUUUAAAUUAGAAAAUAUAAUCAAAUAUGA